AUGAUUGAUUGGUAAAUCAAAUUGACGGAUUUAUCCCUUCGCUUCUUCAAGCAAAGAAACUCCCCCACCCACAUCUCUCUCUAAUCCCCAUGCUGCCUCGUAUUGUGUCGUCGGCUGCUCUGAGAUCAGCUGUCAUUGGCUCGUCGAGACGUACUCACGCUGUCAUCGUCCGCCGUACAGCUGCUGUGCUACCUGUUCCUGUCAUUCGUAACUUCCAUCCUACGCGCUCAUAUGUGUCCUCUACCAAGCAUACACAAGCUGAAUACGUGAACACAGUCAAGGAUUAUGGGAAGACAUUUGACAAGAUAUUGAUUGCAAAUCGAGGAGAGAUUGCCUGCCGAGUUAUUCGGUCAGCAAAGAAGAUGGGUAUCAAGACUGUAGCUAUCCAUUCCGAUGCAGAUGCCAACGCUUUGCAUGUCCAACUUGCCGAUGAAGCUGUCAACGUUGGUCCUGCACCCACCUCACAAUCCUACUUGUCUAUUCCAAAUAUCAUUGCGGCCAUCCGUCAAACUGGUGCUCAGGCUGUUCAUCCCGGUUAUGGAUUCUUGAGUGAAAAUGCUCAUUUUGUCAAAGCUCUCGAGGCUGAAGGUGUUGUUUUCAUCGGUCCUUCUGAGUCUGCCAUGGCUGACAUGGGAGACAAGAUCGAAUCCAAGAUUAUUGCCAAAGCUAGUGGUGUCAAUACCAUUCCCGGAUACAAUGGAGUUGUUGAAAGCAUUGAACACGCAAAAACAAUUGCUCAUGAUAUCACCUACCCUGUCAUGAUCAAGGCUAGUGCUGGUGGUGGUGGUAAGGGUAUGCGUAUCGCUUGGAACGAUACUGAGUUGGUUGAAGGCUACAAGCUGGCCAAGCAAGAAUCCUUGUCGUCUUUUGGUGACGACCGUCUAUUGAUCGAAAAGUACAUUGACAACCCGCGUCAUAUUGAAAUCCAGGUCCUUGGUGAUAAGCAUGGAAACGUCAUCUAUCUUCCCGAGCGUGAAUGCUCUAUCCAGCGAAGAAAUCAAAAGGUGGUUGAGGAGGCUCCCAGUGUUCACAUUGAUCCUGAAACUCGCCGCAAGAUGGGAGAACAAGCCGUUGCUCUCUCCAAGCACGUCGGAUAUAGCUCUGCUGGUACUGUGGAAUUCCUUGCUGAUUCUCAGCGAAACUUUUACUUCUUGGAAAUGAACACUCGCUUGCAAGUGGAACAUCCCAUUACCGAAUAUAUCACGGGCAUUGACUUGGUCGAACAAAUGAUUCGUUCUGCUGCUGGCCAGGAACUUAGUAUCAAACAAGAAGACGUUGGCAUCAAAGGCUGGGCUAUUGAAUCCCGUGUCUAUGCUGAGGAUCCCGAGAAGUAUUUACCCUCUAUUGGUCGUCUGACGAAGUACAUUGAGCCUAGAGAUGAUAUUGGUAACGUUCGUUGCGACUCUGGUAUCGUUGAAGGUUCCGAAAUCUCCAUUUACUACGAUCCAAUGAUUUGCAAGUUGGUCACUUAUGGACAGACCCGUGACCAAGCCAUCGCCACCAUGCAGAAGGCCUUGGAUGAAUAUGUCAUCAAGGGUGUUACUCACAAUAUCCCACUGUUGCGCGAAAUUGUCAGCCAUCCUCGAUUCCAAUCCGGCAAGAUCUCUACCAAGUUUUUGGCCGAGGAAUACCCUGAAGGUUUCAAAGGCACUCAGCUAGACGCAGAUGCUGUCAAAGACCUUGCUUCCAUUAGUUCCGUUCUGUGGGCUAAGCGAGAAGUUGGUAAGUGGGCAUUUACCGAGGGUAAAGGCGGUGCUUCAUCUAAGCCUCCCACGGAAUGGUCUGUAUGGGUCAAUGUCGCUGGUGGCCAAAACACUGAAGACAACAGCACGCUUAUUACCAUUCGCAAGCUCACUGAUGAUGAAUUUGAGGUUUCCAGCCCUACAUAUGGCACUCAAGUCCUCUCAGCUGCAUGGCCUCUCGAGACUCCUUUGGCACAUGCACUUUUCAAAGAUACCGGAAAGAAACUCACUGUUCAAUACCUCGACGUUUUACCUCUUGGAUUUAAGAUCCAACAUUUAGGAAGCAAGUUUGACGUCACCAUUCAAAACCAACGCCAACACGAACUUUCUAAAUACAUGAUUGAAAAGCCAAAGCAAGACAUGGCCAAGUUCAUUCUUUCACCCAUGCCUGGAAGCGUGGUCAGUGUUGCUGUCAAGGUCGGUGAUGUGAUUGCUGAAGGUGAAGAACUUGCCGUUGUCGAAGCUAUGAAGAUGCAAAAUGUCCUUCGCUCUGCUCGUGCUGGCAAAAUUAAGAAAAUCAAUGUCCAACCUGGCAAUGCCGUUGCUGCUGACGAAAUUAUCAUUGAAAUAGACGAUGAAGUCAAGACUGAAUAGAUAUGCCUGCCCAAUCUGUUCGCGUAUUGCCAGACCAGUAAUGAUUAUCAUAAAAUAAAAAAAGCGAUUCAUUUUUUUUUUCUUUUGGUUCGUAAUUCAAAAAAUUAAUAUACAAUUGGAGGUUGUUGAAGGAUAUGAGUCUAUAACAGGGAUGGUU